AGAAUGGUGUUCCUCAGCCUUGGUCUUGAUUCUACAAGUUUCUGGAACUCUUCUGGAGGGAUGAACACUAUUCUCUAAAGGAGGCUUGUACCAGGGCUAAAAGUGUAAACUGUAAAUUGUCAUUACCUCCAUUGUUACUGUAGCUCCUUACUGUUUUAGCUACUUACUAUUACUGUAAAAUAACAUGUUUAAUUUGCAUCAUGAUAUCAACAUGACAAUGAAAUGAUUCCUUUAAAAAGUGAAUUUCUUCUACAGUAUGUUUUUCUGGCAUCUAAGGUCAUCAGGAUAAAGAAAAAAAUCCCACAUCUGAUUGGAUGACUGAAGAAUCUACUAAUUAUGGUAAUGAGGAACCCAGGAACAUGGCACCAGAAGUCAGUCGCACAGAUGUAAAUGACAUACAUCCUUGCUAUAAAAUAGAUAAUGUUUCUUACGUGCUGACAAGCACUCCUUCCACAGUAUGUGUUUUAUUAUAUAUUUUCCUUGGCUCAUUAUCUGUUGUCACAAUAUGUGGAAACAUUCUUGUAAUAAUCUCCAUCAUUUACUUCAAACAGCUCCACACUCCUACAAACUAUCUAAUCCUCUCUCUGGCUGUUGCUGACCUGCUUGUUGGUUUUUUAGUCUUUCCUUUCAGCAUGGAAUACACUGUAAGCUUUUGUCUAUAUCACAAAGACUUAUUAUGCAAAGUACGAGACAGCAUUGAUGUGACACUGAGCACAGCUUCUAUUUUGAAUCUAUGUUGUAUUUCCAUUGACAGAUAUUAUGCAGUGUGUCAGCCUCUGACAUAUAGAACUAAAAUAAAUGUUCAUGUUGUUGUGAUCAUGAUCCUGGUUAGCUGGAGUGUUUCUGUUCUAGUUGCAAUUGGGUUUUUAAUUGCAGGUUUAAACCAUGAAAAAUGUGAAGAAAAGUGCUUUAUUGAUGUUUUACUUGCAAACAUUUUGGGAGCUAUUUUCUCAUUUUACCUCCCAAUGAUCAUAAUGCUCUGUAUCUACCUGAAGAUUUUCCUUGUGGCACAGAGACAGGCACGUAGCAUCCAGAGCACAAAGUCUGGAGCAACUGUCAGUAAGAUGGAGAGAAAGGCCACCAAAACUCUGGCUAUAGUUAUGGGAGUUUUUCUCAUCUGUUGGACGCCAUUCUUUCUGUGUUUUACCUUUCAGCUUUUAAAUAAUGUGUCAGUGCCUGUUGCACUGUUUGAAACUCUUAACUGGCUUGCACUGUCUAAUUCAAUGCUCAAUCCAUUUAUUUAUGCUUUCUUUUACAGCUGGUUCCGAUCAGCUUUUAGAAUAAUCAUAUGUCUAAAAAUAUUUCAAGGUGAUUUUGCAAACACAAAACUUCAAUGACAUAUUGUUUGGUUUAUUGAAAUACCCUAUGCAUAUGUCAGUACUGAAAACUUUGAAUAAUAAAGAU